AUGCAAAACAAUUCAAAGAGAACGGUUACCAGUACGAAAGAAAAAAAUUUAAGAUGGAUGCUCAAUUCUCCUGAUCCGAGCCCUCUUGCCUUUUUUAGAUUCACUUUUCCUAUGCAUCGAGCUCGGGCUUUUGAGGUUUAUGGUAGAAUCUUAGAAUCAGCCUUGAAUCUCUGUCAAGAUGAUGUGAAAGAAAGAUUACAGAGAGCGAAUGAAAAGUUUAACGCUGAAAUUCAAAAAGACUGGGAGUUGUGGUUAGAAGAAAGAAAAGCGAUUCUAGUAAGCCGUUCGAUCCAAAACACCAAUAUGGCUGUGCAAAAUAGGUUUAACAUACGCAUAAAAAAUCAGGGCACACUGGCAACAACGCAAACGACGUUUAAUAAUUCUACAAUACUUGAUUUAGACGAUGAAGAAGAAGAAGAGAAGUGUGCAGAUGAGAAGGAGGAAUUUAGUGUGAAUAAUCAUAAAGAUGAAGAUAAAGAUGAAGCCGAUAAAGAUGAGGACGAUAAAGAUGAUGUCGAUAUAGAUGAGGACGAUAAAGAUGAAGACAGUGGCUCAUUUGCUACAAUGAAUGAUGAUAUCCUCGUCCCAGAUGAAGACUUCAAAUUUGUUGAAAGACAUGAACCGGAAACUAUAGGUCGGACCAAACGAUGGAUUUUAUCAAGUGGGACCGAUGUGGGUCAAGUGUUGACCUCUUAUUUAUACCUAAUUCCUGAAUCACAAAAAUGCGUCAAUCCUGUUUACUGGGGAAUCCUCGAUCUCACCGGGACUCAUUCAGAAACAAAACAACUCUUCUCUACGGAAGAUUGGACUGAGAUGUUGAAAAGUUUCGAAGACGAAAUAGAAACUAUUGAAGAAGAUAUACCUGACGUUGUAUAUUUGUUUUUCGAUGAAAUUGAGCAGAUAAUAAAGAAUAAUGAGAAGAGUGAGGAUAUUGUAACGGAAAUUGACGGGAUUUCUUCGCAGAAAAUAGAAGCAAAGCACGAGAUCACACUCGGUGAACAAGAUAAAGCCUAUAUGAAUGAAAUCAAGAGAGCAGUCUUGACAUAUGCGGAAAACCUGGCCGAUGUUGAUCUGCCGAUUUCGGAGACUGCUUUUGAUAAUUCAUUUACAAACAUGCUCACAAGAAGAUUUCUCGACAAGACCGAAUUGAAAAUGGACUCGGGAGAGAUCUGUUCCUGGGCUUCGGCUCGACGACGUAACGAAGAAGCGAUAACAGGCCUCCGAAGUGGUGGUCUCCCAGAACCACAUCGUAAAAAAAUUUUUUCGGAUUUCCUCGACUUAUCCAUAACGAUGAGGGAUAUUCUCCACGCAUUUUUCAACUCUAAUGCAAACGCCUCGGAUGAAGAUUUGCAUAAAAUAUUUGUUCUCGGAGUCCAGUCAUGGGGCUGGACACAUCAGAUCCUUGCUAUGGAUUGCAAAGGGACAAACAUUUGUAGGUAUGGGAAGUUGUGCACAACAACCUUGCCCAAUUCUAUAAGAACACUUGCAUGUCUAGAAAAGUUUUACGUAGAAAUGAAAAAUGUUAAGUCUACCCUCAACUCCAUAUGCAAUAAAGCAAAUGACAUCGCUUUAUCCCAUGCUCGAGCACAUAGAAGAAAGCGAAAGGAAAAGGACCGAGAAGAACAUUCCAAUAUUGAGGUUGGGGGCUGUUUUGGCAAAAUUACUGGAACACCUCUCUCGAAAAAAUCACGAAUAUUCAAACAUGGUUUCCUAAUUUAA